AUGUCCGAGGAAUGUCCAUCUUCGACCGUUUCGGUAGAAGAAAUUCGUUCUUGGUGGGAAGUACCCGCCAUCGCACACUUUUGCUCUUUAUUCAGGACAGCAUUUGGGCUCCCAGACUUCGAAAUUGAGGAACUAGAAGAGGCUCUCCUGAUAAAUGACAUUGAUUUUCUUGAUGACCUGAUUGCUUGUUUGCUUCAAGGCUGCUAUCAGCGCAGAGACAUCACACCUGACAGUUGUGACAUGUACCUGGAAGACAUUAUUAAACAUCGAUGGGAACUUGAAGAAGGGAGGCCAAACCCACUGAAAAACACCAAAUUCAAAGAAUUACCCAUUCGUUUACGUGUUGAGUUGUUGCACAGGCUCUGUGACUACAGAUUGGAUGCAGAUGACGUGUUUGAUCUUUUAAAGGGUCUGGAUGCUGAUAAUUUGAGAGUGGAACCUUUAGGAGAAGAUGCCAUUGGAGCAACCUACUGGUAUUUCUACGGCACUCGUUUAUACAAGGAAGGACCAUCUUUCACAUUGGAGAAAAAUCAAGCAGAAGAAAUGGAAAAUGGAAAAUUAAGUACUUGUAGUUCCAAUUACAAACUUAUAGACCUGAAACCUAAAAAGAGAGGCCGACCAUCAAAGCGCAAAAAACUAGAAGAUAUUUACUUAACAACCAUGAGUGAAUCCAAAAUUGUGACCCGAGAAGUGCCUCCUAUUGAAGACUCGCGACAAGAAUACAAAAGUCAUGGUCUAUUGAAAACCCCUGGAAGUUGUGGCACCUGGGAACUGGUGUGCCAAACAGAGGAGGAAUGGAUGAAAUUAACGGAUGGCCUCCAGACAAACACUUCUGUUAAAGAAAGGCAGCUGCAUGCAACUCUCACUGAAGAUUUCCUCCCUGAAAUUUGCAAUAUGAUUGCUCACAAGGAGAAACAGCUGCAGAAGAAGCUGUCUGAAAUGGCUCCCAGGAGAAUUUCUGACCGCCUGACCCUAAAACGGUUGCAGCAGGAAGAAGAGGAAAAAAUGUCUGCUAUUGCAAAGGUAGAAGAACAGAAACGAAGAGAGGAGGAAGCAGAACGCCAACUACUAUUGGCCGUGCAGAAGAAAGAACAAGAGCAACUCAUGGAAGAAGAGAGGAGGAGGGAAUUUGAGGAAAGAGUCAAAGCUGUAGAAGGUCGUGCCAAAAGGAGGAAGAUGAGAGAAGAGCGAGCCUGGCUACUUUCUCAGGGAAAAGAAUUGCCUCCUGAACUUAUGAACUUAGAGCCAUUGUUCCCUAUAAAGAAGGAUAAGAAGACAAAAGACUUAUUUGAACUGGAUGAAGAUUACAUUGCUAUGUAUAAAGUCCUGGAUGCUGUGAAAGCCCAUAAGGAUUCUUGGCCCUUCCUUGAACCUGUAGAUGAAUCUUAUGCCCCAAAUUACUACGAGAUAAUUGAAACACCUAUGGAUCUAUCCACCAUUGAAAGAAAACUUAAUGAAAAACAAUAUAAUGUGAAAGAAGAAUUUGUUGCUGAUAUGAAGGUUAUGUUUGAGGAUUGUCUGGAAUAUAACGGUGAAGGAAAUGAAUACACAAAGAUGGCCGAAGCUCUGGACAGGUGUUUUAACAAAUCAAUGCUGAAACACUUCCCUGCAGAAGACGCUGACAGUGAUGAAGAAUUUAAUCUAAGAUGGGAAGAUAGGGAAAAGAAAGACCGGAGACGAAGCAAAUCAAACCGCUUUGGAAAAGAAGCUACUGAAACUUUAAAUAAAACUACCGAAGAAUCUCUAAGAAGACAGCAGAAACAGAUAAAUGGUGAAGUGCUCAGUGCUGGAUCUGAAGUGAACAGUGACCAGUUGCAGCAUGUACCUCCUUUAAGGACAUUGGGACUAGUAAAUGGACAGACUUACCCGCUUACACCACCGUACAAGGGAAUGUCAUGUACUGAAUCACCACGCCAGAUGUAUCAACUUCAGGGCCAACAAAGACCAUCAGUACCGUGUAUGUUUGGAUCCCGGCCUACUGUAGAGUCCCAGUAUCGAUAUUGUUCCCCACGGGAACCACGACUGGCAGAUCAAGUACGGCAGCAACUACAUCACCAAUUUAUCAUGCAGCAUCAGGUGACUGUGAAUGAACAUCAGGGGCCACGGAUGAUGGGACCUGGAAACAAAGCAACUUAUGCUGGACCAGUACAUGGACCUUCUCUAGGCCCCAGACCCCCAUCAGUGCCACCUGGAACAGUGAGUGCUCCACCUCAGGAAGGAAGUAUGUACCCAAGCCAACCAUUUCAGCCAGGAUAUACAGCACAUUGCCUAGAGGGACCGGUUCAUCGCCCAAACUCUGAUUUUCAGGGGAGGCAUGUGUACAACCCAUAUGGUCAUCCAAAUGGCCCACGUCAUGGACCUCAUCAUGUAUGGAAUGGCAAUAAUGAUGGUUCAAUUGAAAGACCUUUAAGACCUGUUGAAAAAAAUCCACUGGCUGGUCCAGGCCAGUCCCCACAGUCACAGCAUCGCCCAUUUCCCCAAAUGGUGGAGCGCAAUCUAAUGAGACCAUCUGUGCCACUCAAUCAUUGGCCAGAUCAGCCAGGUUGUCUACCUCAUAAUGGGCCACCUGGAUAUCCCAGACUUCCGAAUUCACCCCAAACGCCUAAUAUACAAAGAAUGCCACCUCCUUUCUUGAGACCACCACAUCAAGGACUCCACAUUGAUUCUAUGCUGUCUAGUCCAGAGAUGAUUGCAAUGCAACAACUUUCUGCCCCUGUCUGUCCACCAGGGCAUUCUUCUGCAUAUCUUCCUGACCCUCAUGCACCAGCACCACAACAGCAGCAUGGUGGAGCCCAGCACCGUACACCUAGCAUGCAACCUCGCAAACAAGCAUUAGAAGACUGUGCUGAUUCAUUGGGAACAUCACAAGAUACUGAGAUGCCAGAAAAUAUUGAUGAAACUCAAGAGACGGAGCCAAUCAAAAACACGCCAACUGGUGGGGAGCAAAAACAGCAAUACAAAGAUUCAGGAAUCUCGCCUACAAUUACUGAACAGACAGCACCACAGCUCUCCGAAGGCGACAUCAAACUGAAUUCAGCCAAUUUUACUGAACCCGGAACAAGUGAGAGUCAAAGUAAUGGGUUGAGAUCCAUCAAUAUUGAAGAGGAAGACACAUACAACAUUAAAUUGAAAGAUAUUAGUAGUUCAGUAGUAAAGACACAAAAAGAACCAAACAAACAAAUUCCAGAUUCCAAAAAAAGGACUGCAAAGAGCAGGGCAAAGAAUAAUAAAAAACUCGGUGGCAGAGUAGGCAGAGAGAAAAAUGUUGAAAAUCAAAAUGAAGCUGAGGUCAAGGACCAGAAUGAUAACCAGGUCAACCAAAAUGUCCCCAACUCCAUACAUUACACUGAAUCUUCAGACCAAUUGGCCUCUACAAGUUUGCUGAACACAAAUCAGAAUUCUGUGAAAAAUUCCAAUACUUUAGCACAAGGCAAACAGGGAAAAAAUAAUGGAAAUAAUCCUGGGAUGAUGGGAAUGCUGACACACACACAGUAUGGACAUAACCCAGACUACUCAGUUGCAGGUCAGUAUGGUAUGGCUCGUGGUUGCAGACCCUUUGGAAGAAACAUGGGUGGACCCCAGACAUUCACGAACCGGCAGCCUUUUCCUAAUCCAAAUUUUUCUCAGCAGUUGCCACCAGGGAUCUACCCUGCCUUUCAGCACCAAGUCCAAUGUUAUCCAUAUCAUGCUUCCCAGCAACAAAUUCAAUCACCAUACCACCAAUAUCAACAUCCUCAUUAUUACACUUACUCUCAAGGGCAAGGUUAUCCUACAGAGGACUGGCCCCAGGCCCUAUCACCAACAGGUCAUCAUCUCCAGCAGUCUAGCCAUUUAUCAGUACAUAAUGGAAAUGGGAAAACACCAGGGCCUGGUGUUCCUUUGAAGGGUUCGGAGGGGUCAUCGGAGAGUCAUACAUCAGCAAAUGCAAUGCAAGAAGGGAUGAAUGGAAACUCUAAAGAAAACAAAGACACGAGCCAGGGGACCAACAAUAUGUCUCACACCAUCAAAGAGGAAAAAUUAAAUAAAGAACAGGAAAGGCCUGAAAGUCCAAAGGAAAUCCUGGAUUUAGACAGUCAUAACGCUGCUGCUAAAAGACAAAGUGCACAGCCUGCAAGCGGACUGAUAUACAGGGGACCUGGAAUGCAUCCAGGGAUCCAAGGUCCCCAUGGUAUUCUUUCGCAUUCAUCUGUCUAUUCUGCUCAGUCUCCAUCUCUUUUUAACACAAACCCUUAUGCAACUCGGCGACCUCCUCACUCCAUGUUGGGGACUUCACGUCAUCGUAUCCCACCUCAUCAGAUAAAUGGCCAGCCACAAGCCAGAAUGCCUUUGUAUAGUCGAUCUGAUGAAAGAAUGGGUCAGUAUCAUAAUAUGAUGAUGCAGCAACAGGGAAUUAGACCACCAGAAGAACCUUACAAUAUAAGAGGAAUGCCUGUGCAGGAGCACCCAUAUCAGAAAUCAGUGUCAGGAGCAGAAAUGGGUAAGGAAGUUGAGCAGAAGAUGCCUACUUCAUUUGCUGAUCAGAAAUGAGCAAGAUGGAUGAUUGCAAGUGGAGCCAAGAUCUAAGAGGACAUUGUUGUGACAGCAUUUCAGUGUUCUAGUUCAAUGGGUAGAUGCAAUUUUUCAUUUUUUUAAAAAAAAUAGGUAUUACGAGAAACUCAGGUGUAAAAAAUGUACUUUAAAUUGUAGCAUUUCUAUCUGUGUAGGGAUUUGGUUAAAACUGGUUUACAAGAAUAAAUGAUGCCUUUUUCUCUA